AUGGCUGUGUUGAUCGAAACGACUCUGGGCGACCUGGUCGUCGAUUUGUUUGUUAAAGAACGUCCGAAAUGUAAGUUUUUUGGCGAAUUCAGAAGUUAUUUGUUUGACCGAAAGGAAAAAUAAGGCCCUUGUAGCGACAAAAAAGCAACUUCCUUCUGAUUCUGAAUAUUCUCAAAUAUCUUUUGCAGCAUGUCUGAACUUUCUGAAACUGUGCAAGAUGAAGUACUACAACCUGUGUCAGUUCCACAGCAUCGAGGAGAAUUACAUCGCUCAGACCGGAGAUCCGACCGCAACCGGCAAAGGCGGCGAAUCUGUUUAUUAGUAGGAUCAUUUCUUUUUCGUUCCCUAAUUUUCCAUUUUCAGUUCCAUUUACGGCGAGCAGGGCAAGUACAUCGAGCCAGAAGAUUUGCCCAAAAUGAGGCACACGAGAAAAGGUUUAGCUGAUAUAGCUGAUUCUCGGCUGGCUUGAGCCAUCGAAAAAAGGGUCCUGACACGAUAAUUCACGAGACAGUGCCUGGCUCGUGGAGAGCGCAGACAGGCCACGCCCUCUUAGCGUCUCAAGCUAGCCGUGAAUCGUCUAUAAUGAUAAUUGUCUUAAUUUCAAACUUCAGGAAUCGUUUCAUUUGUGAAUAACGGCGAAAAUAUGCUCGGAAGCCAGUUUUUCGUGACUUUGGGCGAAGAGUCGGUGAUUUUUUUAAUUCCGAAAAAAAUUUCUUUCUAAAGGUUGGAUUAUCUUGAUGAUAAGCACACGAUCUUUGGACAAGUCACGGAAGGACUCGACACUUUGGAGAAGUUGAACGAACAGCUCACAAAUUCCGAUCACAGACCUUUCAAGGAUAUCAGGUGAAUCAUUCAGAAGAAGCUAUUUUCAAGAGUUUUUCUGAAGGAUAUCCCACACGAUAGUUCUUGACGACCCUUUCGACGACUUGCCGCGUCUCCGAAUUCCUAGCCGAUCUCCGUCUCCAACUUAUGAAAUGCUCGUCAAGGUAGAUGAUUUUGUGAUUUCUUUCAGAAUUCGUGCUGAAAUGGAUGUCCAAAAAAAAUAUAUAUUGAUUGAAUGAAAUUUUUGAUAAUUUCCAGACCGACCAACUGGCGCUGGACGAAAAGGAAGACGAGAACGAAGGAAAGAGCCAAGAAGAAAUCGAAGAGGAAACGCGCCUACGGGAAAUGGCCGAACAGGCGCAGAUCUUGGAAAUGGUAAGGAUGAUCCUGGAUGAGAGAUUAUGAAGCUUCCUUUGCACGGCGUUCCAAAACGGGGCGGGGAGACGUCAAAAAAACUUCGGCGCGAAAAUUCAAAUCUCAAGUACGCAGCCAAAGGCGGUCGAAAAAACAAGUUUAUUAACGUUGAAUACUCAGUUUAAUUUUUAAAUGACGUACUUUUAUCCGGAGCGCACACUUAUUUUUUUUUUGUAAAUUCAGAAACUUUGACGCCUCGCUCACCUUCCCUCACCCCAUUAGAAAUGCCGUGUUUGGGGUUUAUCUGGAUGGAAAAUUAAGAAUGAAGUUGAAUAAGACUAGAAAAAAAGAGGACAACAUACCUAAAUGAUUAACUAAGAGGGCUCAAUUUAUCAUAAGUUAGAGCCUCUUCAUUAAUUAAUAAAAAAAUUUUUCGAAUUGAAAUCAUUGAACCUAUGUCUAAUCGUUAAAAAAAUUAUCAAAUCAAUACAUUUUUCUAUUAUUUUCGAUUUGGGAAUCCAUGCUUUUUCAUGUGUUGAAUUACCAUUUAAAACAAUUUUUCCCUUGGAAGGAUAUUUUUUGUAGGUUGGCGAUUUACGAGAUGCCGACGAUGUGCCGCCGGAAAAUGUUCUUUUCGUCUGCAAGUUGAAUCCCGUGACGACGGACGAAGACUUGGAGAUCAUCUUCAGUCGUUUCGGAAAGAUUAAUAAUUGUGAUGUUCGUUAAUUGAUUUCUAUUAUUUUGAAAAAAAAAACCCUGGCUGGUAAGGUCAUUUUAGUUAGUCUGAAAUCAGUCAGACUGCGAUGCGAAAAACCUUUAUAACUUCUUUGUCGAAAAGAAAAGUCUCAGAAAUAGUUGCCUUUAUUGUUUUUCUUCGGCUUUCGAGAUUCUACCCUGAAAGAAUAAGGAGUUUUGAAAGUCAGGAUUUCGAGGAUAUUGAUCAAAAAUCAUUCUGACCGAUUUUAGAAAAAAAGAAGUUGAAAAUUGAAUCUUCAUCUUCGAUUAAAGUCAUGAUUUGUAUCAUUCAGAUCAUCCGCGACCGGCGCACCAACGAUUCUUUACAAUAUGCCUUCAUCGAAUUUGACAAUGUAGGCAUUUUCUUGUCAUUUCUCCCUAAUUGUCUUUUCUGAAGGCUCAAAGUUGCGAAAGAGCUUACUUCAAAAUGGACAACGUUUUGAUCGACGAUCGAAGGAUCCACGUCGAUUUCUCACAAUCUGUUUCAGGCAACUACAAGCGUUACAGAGAUGGUAUUGACUCAUAGGAAGAUAUAAUCCUAUAAUAUUCUUUACAGAGAGAAGAGCAGCGAAAGAGAAAGCUCUGCAGGAGAAGCAAAGGUCUCUCAAUAACAAGGUUAAACGGGAAAGGUCUUCGCCAACAAGAAGGGUUAGUUUCUCGACAAUUCUUGAUUAUUUUACUGGCGGUUUUAUGCAGGUCAUUUUUGUAUCAGCCAGUUUUUAAUAAGUCUCAAAUCCACACAAAAAAAAAAUGAAGAUUCAAAGAAUUCGAAAUUUAUUAUUGACUUUUCUUGAAAAGUUCGCAUAAUUUCCAACUUUUUUUCAGGAACCACUGUUCCAAGUUUCGAAAUAGGCUUGAUUUUCAUUGGAAACUUAAAUUUCAUAAGAAAUUUUUGAGUCUCAUGCACUAUUGAAAUGCAAAAGACUUGAUUAUAUUUUUCGAACUUUCGAAAAAAAAAAACGCAGAAAUUGUAUGAAUGGUCCUGCAGAUUAAGCGGGAACGGAGUGAUUCGCCCCCGCGAAGGCAAAUCAAACGCGAAGCUCAAAACUCGCCACCGCCAAUGAGAAAGGUUUGAUCUUAACGAUUCAGUGAAAAAAUUUUUCUUAUUUUAUAGAACAUCUCUGUUUUCUUGAGGUGUAGGUCUUUCUGUAUCAGAAGUUUUAUAUACCUGUUCUCAAAGCGCAAAGUUCGAGAAGAAUAUGAAAGUUUUCAAUCACCUGCGGCUUUGAGACAAUAUUUAAUACAAAUUAAUGAAAAAAAAUGAUAUUUAGAAAUUGUUUCAAGGAACCUGGGAACGAUAUAAAUCACGUACAAGAGUUAGAUCCUAAAAUAAAAUCCGAUUUUUUCUGUAGGAAGUAAAACGCGAACGUGACGCUUCGCCUCCACCCCGUAGAAGGCAUUCGCCGUCGCCGAAGCGCGACCGGAAGGACGACAGACGCGAGCGAAGAGAUGACGAUCGCCGAAGACACGACGACCGAAGCCGAAGGGACCGCUCCAGGGACCGCGACCGACAUCAUCGCGACCACGACGACCACAGACGCCGUCGCAGCAAUGAACGACGCCGCCGAUAA